CGCCUCAUCCACGGCCGGCCCCUCACCCAGCGCGAAGAGCGCGAGCGCCGCGCCCGCAAGGCCCAGUCGGCCUUCCGCGAGGCCGUGCGCCAGGGCGACGCCAGGAGUGUCGCCACGCUACUCGCGCGCCAGGUGGUCGAGCCCGCCACCAUCGACGCGCCCUACACGCUCGGCGGCCACGAGACGAGCCCCAUGCUCGACGCGUGUGGCGCGGGCCACGUGGACGUCGUGCGGCUGCUCAUCGAACACGGCGGCGACGUCAAUCGGCGCGUGGGCCACGCCACGCCGCUCUACGUGGCGGCCAAGGCGGGCCACGGCCGGGUGGUCGAGCUGCUACUGGAGCACGGGGCCGAGACCGAGCCGCGGCUGGGCACGAGGCGCAACUCGGCCGUGGCCGAGCUGCCCGGCGGCUCCCUGCACCACCAUGAUGUGGUCGACAUGCUGCUGGGCAGGGGCGCCAGCUUCCUGUCGCCGGACUACGCGGGCGAGACUCCGAUGGACCUCCUACGCCGCUGGGCGCAGGACGUGUGA